UCUGGCAAUUCACUAAGAGACCCCAUGCGUUGAUGUUGAUGUUGGAUACAAUUUGGAUAAGAUCUACAGCAAAUCUAUCGUUUACGCCCGGAUUCUAAGAAAAUAAAUCAAAUCAAUUUAUAAACUCAAGUUGUAGGAGCAACUAUGAAGAUCGAGGAGGUAAAAAGUACAACAAAGACUCAAAGAAUAGCGAGUCAUACUCACGUGAAGGGCCUUGGACUUGAUGACUCUGGAAAUGCAUCAUCAAAAACAACUGCAGGUCUGAUUGGUCAAGAAAUGGCCAGAGAGGCUGCCGGUGUAGUUGUAGAGUUGAUACGAUCCAAGAAGAUGGCUGGCCGAGCCGUCCUGCUAGCAGGGCCUCCUGGGACAGGAAAGACGGCCCUAGCCCUUGCCAUCGCCCAGGAGCUUGGCAACAAGGUACCCUUCUGCCCCAUGGUUGGAAGCGAGGUCUUCUCAUCAGAGAUUAAAAAGACAGAGGUGCUGAUGGAGAACUUCAGAAGGGCAAUAGGCCUUCGUAUAAAAGAAGGGAAGGAAGUUUAUGAGGGUGAAGUCACAGAAUUGACCCCUUGUGAAACAGAAAAUCCCAUGGGAGGUUAUGGGAAGACAGUGAGUCAUGUGAUCAUUGGUCUGAAGACAGCUAAGGGUACUAAGCAGCUCAAACUAGACCCUUCCAUCUAUGAGAGUCUGCAGAAAGAGAAGGUUGAAGUUGGAGAUGUGAUUUACAUCGAAGCUAACAGUGGUGCAGUCAAGAGGCAAGGUAGAUCAGACACAUAUGCAACAGAGUUUGAUCUGGAAGCGGAAGAGUACGUCCCACUGCCAAAGGGAGACGUUCAUAAAAAGAAAGAGGUCAUCCAAGAUGUUACACUCCACGACCUUGAUAUUGCCAAUGCAAGACCACAGGGAGGUCAAGAUAUCUUAUCCAUGAUGGGCCAGCUGAUGAAACCAAAGAAGACAGAGAUCACUGACAAGCUACGGAAGGAAAUCAACAAGGUCGUCAACAAGUACAUCGACCAGGGUGUGGCAGAGCUGGUACCUGGCGUACUCUUUAUCGAUGAGGUACACAUGCUGGACAUUGAGUGCUUCACGUAUCUUCACAGAGCCCUGGAAUCCACUCUUGCUCCCAUCGUCAUAUUCGCUACCAACAGGGGAAAGUGCACGAUAAGAGGUACAGAGGAUGUGAUGUCCCCCCAUGGUAUACCCCUUGAUCUCCUGGAUAGGGUGAUGAUAAUCAGGACCCUUCCAUACUCGCAGGAGGAAAUGAUGCAGAUUCUGCAGAUCCGAGCCCAGACAGAGAGUCUCCAGAUUGAAGAUGAAUCCCUCAAAAUGCUUGCUGAAAUUGGCACCAAGACAACAUUAAGAUAUGCAGUCCAGCUUCUGACACCGUCAAGUCUUCUGGCUCGUAUCAACGGAAAGGACAGCAUAGGUGAAGAUGAAAUCAACGAGAUUAACGAGCUCUUCUACGAUGCAAAGUCAUCGGCCAAGAUCCUGGCAGCGGCAGGUGACAAGUACAUGAAGUAAUCCAUUUCGAUCUGAUUUGAUUUCCAAAUGGGGCAAUUCCAUAAA